CCUGAAACCAGACAAAAACUUCAGCUGGGCGGGAGGGGCACACAAACAGCCAACUUCAGAUAGCAUUCUCCUUUUCUUGAAUAACGGUCUACAGAAAAUAAACCUGAAAUAUCUUUUAACUUUAAACAAGCAGCCACUUUGUACUUCACAAGAUCAUUCCACUGCCAGGUUUGAAAGCAUCGCUCUCCUAAACUGCAGGAUGAACAUGUGGGCUGAAGAAGAUUCCCCCUUUUUUGUUGAAGCUUGCCUUCAGAGUUACGCAGAACCUGUAGAGGGGAAGCUCUAUACCAUGUACCACGGAACCACGAAGGAGCGCGCAGAAUCCAUCAAGAGAUGCGGAUUCAGACAAUCACCUGAUGGCAUGCUGGGGCAGGGGGUCUAUGUCAGCCGAGACUUUAACAAGGCCAGCCGGUACCCACUCAACCGUCCAGAUAAAGAAAGGAGGGUCCUGAAACUGAGGGUCAACGUCGGCAAGGUUAAGAAGAUAGACAGGCAGGGGCACCCCAUGCAGAAGACCUGGCACGACUACGGCUACGACACUGCCUGGGUCCCUCCCGGCUGCGGGAUGGUAUCGAGCGGGCUGGAGGAAGACUGCAUCUGGGACCCCAACAGGAUCAAAGUAAUGGAGGUUAUGAAACCGAAGAAUGAGAGUUCUCCUCAGAUGCCCAAAUUUGGCUACGCUGCUUAUAGAAUUCACUCCACUGCCAGGUUUCAAGCCAUCACUGCCGUAAGCAUGUGGGCCGAAGAAGAUGACUCCUACUCCUACGAAGCCCCGUGCCUUGAGAGUUAUGCACAACCGCAAGAGUGGAAGUGCUACACCAUGUACCACGGGACCACGAAGAAGCGCGCAGAAUCCAUCACGAGAUACGGAUUCAAGCAGUCAGAUGACGGCAUGCUGGGGCGGGGGGUCUAUGUCAGCCGAGACUUUAACAAGGCCAGCCGGUACCCACUGCACUGUCCAGAGAGAAAAAAGAGGGUCCUGAAGCUCUGCGUCAACGUCGGCAAGGUUAAGAAGAUAGAUAGGCAGGGGCACCCCAUGCAGAAGACCUGGCACCACCAUGGCUACGACUCUGCCUGGGUCCCUCCCAACUGUGGGAUGGUAGCAAGUAGGCUGGAGGAAGACUGCAUCUGGGACCCCAACAGGAUCACAGUGGUUGAGGUUAUCAAACCUAAGAAUCAGGGUUCUGUUCCUAGAUUCAACUACAGUGCUUACAUAUCUUUUGCUCCACUCCACUGCCACGGGUUCGAAACAACCCCAGCCAUGAACUUGUGGGCUGAAGAGAAAUCCCGCGGUUUUGUUGAAAAGCACCUGCAGAGCCAAGUGCUUCCCACAGAGGGGGAGAUCUAUGUGAUGUACCACGGGACCACGGUCCAGGCCGCGGCCUCCAUCAAGAAGUACGGGUUCAGGCAAUCCACGGACGGCCCCCUGGGCCGGGGGGUCUACCUGAGUCGAGACAAGAACAAAGCCAGCUGCUACCCGCCUGGCCUGCCAGACAGCAAAAAGGUGGUCCUGAAAGUCAGAGUGAACUUCGGCAGGGUUAUAAAGAUAGAUGUGGCAUCAGGACACCCCCUGCAGAAGAGCUGGCUCGACUCCGGAUACCACUCUGCCUUCAUCUCCCCGUCCUGCAGCUGCAGACUGGUGCAGAGCGGGCUGGAGGAAUACUGCGUCUGGGACCCUAACCGGAUCAAGAUCGUGGAGGUGACCAGACCUUAG